GUUUUUCGAAAUGUCAAGUGGUGAGUGUUAUGUGCGAAAAAGUGGCGUGUGUUUAUCAAUCUUGCGAAUUUCUCUAAAUUUUCACUAUUUUCGCCUCAAUAAUCGUGGAAAAUUGUGCCUAAAUCUCUGACAUUGUGUACAGUAAAUAGUGAAAAAGUGAAAUAUAGGUGGAGUGUGAGGAAAUUGCAAUAAUGGCAGCGCCAAUUGAAAUUCCUCUUCGGGACACCGAUGAGGUAAUUGAACUCUAUCUUGAGCAACUUCCCGAUUGUGAGGAAGUCCUGGGGAUCUUAAAGCAGGAAAGGUCCCAGUUGAAUACGUGGGUGACCGUGGCUCUGGCUUACUAUAAGCUCAACAAGACAGAUGAAUUCAUCAAGAUCCUGGAGACAGCGAGGGUGGAGGCGAAUAUUGAUUAUCGUGAAUUUGAGAAGGAUCAAAUGAGAGCUUACGACAUGCUGGCAGCCUACUACGUCCAGGAGGCGCACAGAGAGAAGGCCAAGGACAAAAAGAGGGAGCUAUUUAUGAAAGCUACCCAUUUGUACACAACAGCAGACAAAAUUAUUAUGUACGAUCAGAAUCACUUGCUAGGAAGGGCAUAUUUUUGCCUCCUGGAAGGCGACAAGAUGGAACAGGCUGAUGCACAAUUCAAUUUUGUGCUCAAUCAAUCCCAAUCAAAUAUCCCAUCUCUCCUCGGAAAGGCCUGUAUUGCCUUCAACAAAAAGGACUACAGAUGUGCUCUGGCCUUCUACAAGAAAGCCCUGAGGACAAAUCCCAAUUGUCCGGCAGCUGUACGCCUGGGAAUGGGACAUUGCUUCCUGAAGAUGAAUAAUCAGGAAAAGGCAAAGUUAGCCUUUCAGCGUGCCCUCAGUCUCGAUCCGCAAUGCGUAGGAGCACUCGUUGGAUUGGCAAUUCUCAAGCUCAAUCUCCAUGAGCCAGAAUCCAAUCGUCAAGGCGUUCAAAUGCUCUCAAAAGCCUAUACCAUUGACUCAAAAAAUCCCAUGGUGCUCAAUCAUCUGGCCAAUCAUUUCUUCUUCAAGAAGGACUACCAGAAAGUUCAGCAUUUGGCUCUGCAUGCCUUUCACGACACGGAAAAUGAAGCAAUGCGCGCUGAAAGUUGCUAUCAACUAGCCAGGGCAUUUCACGUCCAACGAGACUAUGAUCAAGCCUUUCAGUACUACUAUCAAUCCACGCAGUAUGCCCCAUCGAAUUUUGUCCUGCCACACUUUGGCCUUGGGCAGAUGUACAUCUAUCGUGGUGAUACAGAAAAUGCUGCACAGUGCUUCGAAAAGGUCCUGAAGAUUCAACCGGGAAACUAUGAAACCAUGAAAAUUCUCGGAUCACUCUAUGCAAAUUCCAAUUCACAGUCCAAAAGGGACAUUGCCAAGCAACAUUUGAAAAAAGUCACUGAACAAUUUCCGGAUGAUGUGGAAGCAUGGAUUGAAUUGGCACAGAUUUUGGAGCAGAAUGAUCUACCAGGAUCACUCAAUGCCUAUCGCACGGCAACAAAUAUUCUCACGGAAAAAGUCAAAGCAGAAAUACCUCCAGAAAUUCUGAAUAAUGUUGGAGCUCUGCACUAUCGUCUGGGGAAUCUCGAUGAGGCACUGAAUAAGCUAGAAGCGGCUCUGGAGAGGACAAAAAUUGAGGCACAGGAUGAUCCACAAUACUAUCAUUCAAUUUCCGUCACGAUGACCUACAAUUUGGCAAGGCUCUAUGAAGCCAUGUGUUGCUUCGAUAAAGCCGAUAAACUCUACAAGGAUAUCCUCAAGGAACAUCCAAAUUACAUUGAUUGCUAUCUGAGAUUGGGAUGUAUGGCCAGGGAUAAAGGUUUGAUAUUUGUAGCAUCGGAUUUCUUCAAGGAUGCCCUGAAAAUUAAUACAGGAAAUCCAGAUACAAGAUCUCUCCUGGGAAAUCUUCAUUUGGCCAAGAUGCAAUGGACACUGGGUCAGCAGAAUUUUGAGACAAUCCUCAAGAAUCCCGCUACGUCAACGGAUGCCUAUUCCCUGAUUGCCAUGGGCAAUUUCUGGCUUCAGAGCCUCCAUCAGCCAAUUAAGGAUAAAGACAAGGAGAAGAAGCAUCAGGAGAAGGCAUUGUCCAUGUACAAACAGGUCCUGCGCAAUGAUCCACGCAGUAUCUGGGCAGCUAAUGGCAUUGGAGCUGUUCUGGCGCACAAAGGAUGCAUCAUUGAGGCAAGGGAUAUUUUUGCACAGGUCCGAGAAGCCACAGCAGAAUUCUCAGAUGUCUGGCUCAAUAUUGCCCAUAUCUAUGUGGAGCAGAAGCAAUAUAUCAGUGCCAUUCAGAUGUAUGAGAAUUGCCUCAAGAAAUUCUACAGGCAUCACAAUGUCGAGGUGCUUCAGUACCUGGCUAGAGCAUACUUCCGGGCUGGGAAGCUGCGAGAGGCCAAAUUGACGUUGCUGAGGGCACGCAGAGUGGCUCCGCAGGACACAGUGCUCCUCUUCAAUAUUGCCAUGGUUCUACAGCGACUCGCCAUGCAGAUUCUGCGAGAUGAGAAAUCUACGCUGGCCAUUGUGCUUCAGGCUGUCCAUGAACUGGGACUAGCUCACAAGUACUUCACAUAUCUAUCCGUUCAUGGAGACAAGACCAGGUACAAUGUAGCAUUUGCAGCAGCUGAAGCUGGACAGUGUCAGGAUCUUCUGUCUCAGGCACAGUACCAUGUUUCACGGGCUAGACGUAUUGACGAGGAGGAGCGUUCGCUGAAGCAGAAGCAGGAGGAGGAGAGGAAUGCAUUUAAGAUGCGUCAAGAGGAGGAACGUCGUCGAUUGGAGGAGAUGCGUCAUAAGAGCAAAGAAGAAAUGUUGCUCAAGAGACAGGAAUAUAAGGAGAAGACAAAGAGUGCUUUGAUGUUUCCGGAGAACUUUCAGGAGCCCAAAAAGAAGGGUGGAAGAUCACGUCGAGAAGAUUAUAUUUCUGAUUCGGGUGGAAGUGAUAGUCCGGCGGGUGGAAGGGGAGAAGCAGGAGGUCCCGAUGGAGGAUCGUCACAGAGAAAGAGGAAGCGCGAGAAAGGGAGUUCGUCAAAGUCCAGGAAGCGUCGAGAGAAGGGACGCAGAAGGGGAUCAGGCACGGAUAGUGAUGCUCCAAGAUCCAAGAGGGGCAAGAAGACCAAGGCUGAGGCUAAGGCGGCCAAGAAGAAGCAGACAGAAGGAUUGUCGCAGAAGCAAAAGAGUAGGAUUAUAUCCAAGGCCACGAUUUCCACGAGCGAAUCUGAUAGUGAUUCCAAUGAUAAGAGGAAUAGGAGUGGAAGUGGGACUCCGACACGCAGGAGCCGCAGGAUUUCUUCAGGAAGCGACAGAUCACGAUCAGCAUCUUCGGCUGGAAGUCGGCGAUCUCGAUCGGGAUCGAGAUCUUCGGGAAGUGCACGGUCUCGACGAUCUUCGAGGGCAUCCAGUCGGUCAAGGAGCGGUUCUCGCUCAAGAUCUGGCGGAUCUCGGUCACGUAGUGGUUCUCGUAGUGUCUCUCGCAGUAGGUCUAGAAGUGCUUCGCGCUCAAGAUCACGAUCUGGCUCCAGGAAAUCACGUUCGAGGUCUGGUUCGCAGAAAUCUCGUUCACGCUCCAAGAGUGGCUCUCGCUCUCGAUCAGGAUCACGAUCAGCAUCGGGCAGUCGAAGUCGGUCCCAUUCUAGGAGUCGUUCCAAGUCAGGAUCACGCAGUCCUUCACCAGCUUCUGGCGGUGAAGAUGCCCCCCGUCAGUCUGGAAGUGAGAAUUAGAGUUAAGUCCAGUUUUUUUCACUAGCCAUUUAGUGAAGAUUUUUUUCUGCUGAAAAGAUUAAGCCAAUAAUUUGCAUUAUGGGCAAAUUUGUAAAAUUAUCCCCAAUAAAUCAUGUUCGAAAAUGA